CUCAAUUUCAACUUCGCCUUUCGAUUCUCGAAACGUUGGCGAGUUCCGUUGAAGUACGUUUUCCACUGUGCUGACAAGAAUGACCAUUAUAUUUCCUUUCAUAUGAUCCUUCGCCCUAUGUCCCUAAGACAAUUCCAGAUAUAGACCUUUACAUCCGUUGAUUCACUAGUUUUCGCUGCACGGAACAUGGCCUGCUGAGAGAUAUCACAAGAUAUUGGAGAUUCAAAUGCAAAUCACAUAUCAACUGUGUCAUUUGAGGUCCAUAGUGCAUCACCUGGAACCCGCUUGGGCUUAUGCCUUCCUGCGCCGGACGCGGAUGCUUGAUUCGGAUUUCCAAGGCGAUGUACUUGCUGUUAUCAGUCUCAUCUCCAAUGCACUGCGCACAGGCUCACCUUUGCCUCAAAUUACCCCAUGCCCAUUACUUGACAGGUUCAUGAUCAGGCAUCAUGGCUUGAACGUGGUGCAUGAGGAGUCAGAAGACAAUUACGGAUUGCCGCGGAUGCUUACUGUGGAAACGUUGGAGAAUUUGCAGUACCUGACAUUCUGCGUUGGCGUUUCUACCACCUUUGGAAUUAUCACUCGACUCGAUCGUUUGAUGGUUGCUGUUAAAGAGCUGGUUGGCGAGCAGUAUCAUAUUGAUGGUGUAGGGAUGGGGCAUCACAACGUGGACGGGAGGAGAGAUGGCAUCACCGACGACGUCUGUGAGAGCGACAGAAGUUUGAAACGUUGACUGUUCGCGUUCCAUGAUCUACGAACUUUUUUUCUGUAGUAAGUGCACUCAGACCAAUCUGACCU